CCGCUAUAGAUUGAAAUUCAUUCAUGUCGAAAAAUAAUAGUUGCAAUUAGCCAAAAAGAAAGAAACUAUAAAGUCACACAAAUCUUGCUUUGGGAUUUAGAAGAGGCAAACAUGAGUACUGGUUGCGAAGGAAAGAGUUCAUGGCCCGAAUUGGUUGGAGUUGAAGGAACAGUGGCAGAGGCAAGAAUUGAGAGGGAAAAUCCGUUGGUGAAUGCUAUAAUUGUGCCUGAAGGAAGCAUGGUAACCACUGAUUAUCGAUGUGAUAGGGUUUGGGUUUGGAUCAACAAAGCUGGAAUUGUUAAAAGGGUUCCAAUUAUUGGAUAGAACACUCUGAUCUUCUUUUUUUAUAUAUAUAUAUAUAUAUAAAAUAAGGAAUUUAAUUUCUUUCCAAUAUGUAUGCAUGUUGUUUCAUAUGGAAAAUAAGUUAGGGAUGAGGAAGGUCGUCAAUAACCUCCUUUCUAUAUAUACUUUGAUUGUUUUUAUUUCAAUAAAGAUAAAUGGUAUUAAAAUAAUGUCAUUAAUUAAAAAGCCUUCUCUUA